AUGGAUGCGGGAACUGCGGACGAUAGAUGGAAGGAGCUGGUACAGAUUGUACCACAACGUACAGAGGUUCUGAGGUUCUUCCAAUUCUACCGUCAAUUGGCGUACCCCUUCAACCCAAUCCUGGUGGAUAUAGAUCGAUUCGAACUGGACCUAUGUACAUACCUCAAUGCCUACGCGGCUGGCGUGUUUGAGGCGCACUCCAGGUCGGAAAAAUGGGCGACCGAUCAGUCCAUUGCGCACAUUAGCUUACUGCUUGCCACACUCUCUGCUGGUGCCCACUUCUCCGAUCUGGAUCUUCCACAACGAUCAAACAUAAGCCACGACCUCGGCAAUACGCUUCAGAAUCAUGGUCAAUCUGAUGCUGCAUGGGCUCAACUGGGCACCACUGUUCGUCUCGCACAGACAAUGGGGUUACAUACAGAGAGAAGCAUUGCAUAUCUGCCACUGUAUAUUCAGUCCAAGGCGAAAGCAUUGUGGCUGGGAAUCGACGUGACCACAGCCGAUCGUGACGCCCAGGAAACGGCAUUCUACGUCAACAUGUUGAAUCAUGUGGAUGAGGUCUACCAACGUGCCCUGCCGCAUCUCACGUCUCGUGCUAAUUGUAAAUCUAUGCAUGAGCACCUGGAACACCUGGCACUGAAGAUGCAUCUUUCCCUGCUCAUUGGAGUUCUGACGCGCCCAGCACUGAAACAGCCCCAAACACAAGAUUUGUCGUACGGCAUCCUGAGGGAAAGAGCCAAGACUAGCAUGAUAGAUGCCUCCAGGGCCUUUUUGGACUUUCAAGCGCUGAGUGUUAUUCCUCUGCGCACCUGGUCUAUGGUGCAUACCGCACUCACCUCGACUUUGCUUCUGUCCACCUGGGAGGAAACACGAAAUGAUCCCGAGUCACGAGACCUUCAGCAAAGGGUGAUUGAACUGUUCUCAGCCGUUAGUUCGGUGGGACAGCCGGGAGACUCGGCACCGGAAUACGGGCCGUGGUUAUCAAAACGACAUAUCCGGGCGUUGAUCACAUUGCGAAAUACCGUCCGGUAUACGCUAGAUCAGGAAAGGGAAGUCGGGGUUUUUGAAGAGAAUCCUACUCCUUCCGAGAUACCGCUGCCUGCGUUCGACCUGCCUCCGGGCUUCCCUGAGGCUGUGGACCAAGUCGGUGCAUCGCCGGUGUCUUAUCUCGACUCCAUCAUGAAUGUCCCGCUGUUCGAUUUUUCGCAAGAAACAUCACUACCGAACAACUCUAGCCGCCAUUCUGAAACGUACACUACGACCGCCGCAAUGCUUGAAUCUAUCUUUCCCACUGUUACUACACCAACAUCUGGUCGGACAUCGACUCCUUCGAGCGUCGUGGCUGCAGAUCAUGAUCGACCAGUCACUUCCACACAAACACGCCGCCGUCGCAUCGUCGUUGCUAUGACAGGGGCUACCGGAGCCAUCCUGGGAAUCAAAGUGCUUCUAGCGCUCCGCCGCCUGAACAUUGAAACGCAUCUCGUUAUGAGUAAAUGGGCCGAAGCCACCAUCAAAUACGAGACAGAUUACCACCCUUCGAACGUCAAAGCACUAGCAGACCACGUCCACAACAUCAACGACAUGGCGGCCCCGAUAUCAAGCGGCUCCUUCCGAGCAGAUGGAAUGAUCGUGGUACCGUGCAGCAUGAAGACACUGGCGGCUAUCCACUCGGGGUUUUGCGACGACUUGAUCUCACGGACAGCGGACGUAAUGCUGAAGGAACGGAGGCGACUAGUCCUUGUGGCGCGGGAAACACCGUUAAGCGAGAUCCAUCUGCGCAACAUGCUCGAAGUCACGCGCGCAGGCGCGAUCAUCUUCCCACCGGUGCCAGCCUUCUACAUCAAGGCGGCCGGGGUCGACGACCUGGUUGACCAAAGCGUCGGCCGGAUGCUGGACCUGUUCGGACUGGACACAGAGGACUUCGACCGAUGGAAUGGAUGGGAGAAAUAA